GCCGUGAUUGGUUGAUCCUACAAGUUUGAUGAAAAUGAACUUUUGGUGAUAAUGAGCAAAGGAUGUACCCUCAAAUCAAUAAACAUAAUUAUACACUCUAAUCUUAUGCAGACUAUAAUUGUAAAUAAUAUUUCACAUUCAAGAAAAUAUCUGGAAAAUGAAUAGUAAGCUGUAGGGGUUAUAGCCUAACAUUAGAAUCUAAAAUAUGUGAAAACUUAAGCUCAUUACACCCUGUUCAAAUAAUGAUUUGUGUCUCAUUUGCUCAUAUUAAUAUCCUAGCUGGCAUAUUUUGUACUUUCACUUUCAUAUGGACCCCAUUGAAAACAAGAUGGCCUAUCUCAAGGGGCUGUCCUUAAUGAAGUAGAAAUUGCAACGUUACAACUCAGUGUGAACUUAACGAGGGUAACACAGCUCAGCUUUUAACAAUGUCUGUGAUUGCUGGCUGGUCUAUUUAUGAAGGCUUGUUAACAAAUAUCCUACAAACACAGAAAAUGGAGAAAAAAAGGAAUCGCAAGCCGAACUGGACUGAGGAGCAAGGUUUGUUGCUGGCCCAGUUGGUGAACGAACAUAAAGGCGACGAUUGUGAGAAAAGGUGGUAUGUGCUGCAGUCCAAGGCAAAAGAUGAGAUUGCAGCACACAAGCGGGAAUCCUCACUCACAGGGGGUGGACCACCUGCAAAGCGGCUGUCCCAGGUGGCCGACACUGUCUUUCAAGUCCUGGGACACUCUGAGGUCAGUGUCACCGGGCUGCCAACAGGCAUUGACACGUCAAUGAUGCAGGCCCUCGAAAUGCAGCAAAGCAUGGAGCCAUCACAAGAACCGGGCCCAUCAAGUUUGCCGCCUGAACCAUCUGCAGCUGCUACUCAGGAUAGCCCGGCGGAUCAAACACCAUUCCCAUCCGCAGCACCUGCUCCGUCAGCAUCCCUGCAGGAGAGAAGAUUGCAACUCACAAUUGAUGUGUUUGAACAACAAAAAAAAGUCCUUUCCCUUCAGGAGGAGUACUACCGCCUUAAAAUUGAACACCUAAAAAAUAAACCAUUUAGAGAUUGUGUUCUGUGUCUUGCAUUUAACAGUUGCAGGUGAUGUGCAGUAAAACUGUGGUAGUUCUUAAUACCAUCACAAGUUCUCAAAUGACAUGGGGCUACAGCUUGCCUGAAAU